ACCAGUAACACCUCUCACACAAAGUUUCAAGAUACUUUCUCAUAUACAGGAAAACAUCUCUUCUAUUCUGACCCACAUAAAGUUUCAGAAAGUUGACUUUGGUUACAAGACAGGUCACAAUGAGUGAAGUUUAUGAUUUCUUCUACGAUGAUAACAGCACAAACCCUAACUAUGUUGUGGAGACUGUUGUUCGCCUUUGUGCCACAACAGAUGUAAACCAAUUUGGAGCAAAGUUCAUCCCAACUUUCUACACCAUCAAUUUCCUGCUGAGCGUGGUUGGGAAUGGCCUGGUUCUGUGCAUUAUCUACAAAUACGAGAAGCUCACCACUGUCCCCAACAUAUUCCUGCUCAACCUGGUCAUCUCCGACCUGUUGUUCGCUUCCAGUUUGCCCUUCUGGGCCACCUACCACUCGUCUGAGUGGAUCUUUGGCAGGUUCAUGUGCAAGCUGGUGGGUAGCGUCUACUUCAUUGGAUUCUACAGCUCAAUCCUCUUCCUCACUCUAAUGACCUUUGACCGGUACUUGGCCGUGGUACAUGCCAUCGCUGCUGCCAAAAGGAGGAGGAAGCUCUACGCCUGCGUCUCCUCCGUAGCCGUGUGGUGUGUCAGCCUGCUGGCCAGCAUCAGGGAGUUGGUUCUGUAUGACAUCAGGAACGAUGAGAAGGCUGGACUCCUUUGUGAGGAGACGGGCUUAUCCAAGAAUUCCAUGGACAAAUGGCAGCUUGUGGGUUACUAUCAGCAGUUGUUGAUCUUUUUUUUGCUUCCCUUGCUCAUGGUCAUGUACUGCUACAUACGAAUUACGGUCCGAAUCAUGUCAACACGGAUGAAAGAGAAGUGCAGGGCAGUCAAGCUAAUUUUUGUUAUUAUCUUAACAUUUUUUGUGUGCUGGACUCCGUAUAAUGUUGUGAUCCUGCUUAAAGCUAUCCAAAUCUCCACGGGUGAUUCUGAAGGAUGCUCUAAUGUACUAGACUAUGCUCUGUAUGUCACAAGAAAUAUAGCUUACCUCUACUGUUGUGUGAGCCCCGUCUUCUACACGUUUGUUGGAAAGAAGUUUCAGAGCCACUUUAGGAAACUACUUGCAAAGCGAAUCCCAUGUCUGAAGAGACAUAUCCUGACAAGCCAGAGUAGCCAAAGCAGAACAACUUCUCAGAAAAGCCCAACUACUAUGUAUGAUUACUAGGGAGAAGAUGGCAUUUAAACCAGAGGUUAUUGAUGGGAUUUGUAAAGAAUGUGCAAGGUGAUUUCUCAGGGAAUUUCAGACCAACACUGUGUGCAUGUAAUUAUACAUUUGAUGUACACAAACUGCUAAAAUGCAAUAAUACAUAUUAUGUUUAUAAUCAUUUGAUUUUAUACAAGAGUUGACAUUUGUUUACUUUAUUUACUUUGAAUCUUUGCAAUAAAUUGUUGAUUGCUAUAAUGAUAUGUUCUUUGAUACUCUAUGUAGGCCUACACUGUCUUCCAGUUAGCAUGAAUAUUAUGAAUGUUAUUUUU